AUGGCAGAACUCGUCAUACUCGAACGGCCAUCAUCACAACACGUCUACCAUCAAGAUGGCGAUAACGAAACCAGUCAUAAUGACCACGAAAGCGUUGUCGAGGGCCAUGCUGCGGAGUCAAGUGAACGACCGGACCAAGAGUACCCGACGGGCAUCAGACUCUGGCUGACCAUACUCUCUGUGGUGUCAAUCCUCGUCCUCGCCAGCAUAGACAUGAACAUAGUCGCCACAGCCGUGCCAGCUAUCACCGAUCACUUCCACACGGUAGCCCACGUUGGCUGGUACUCAUCCGCCUUCAGACUCAGCGUCUGUGCUUUCCAAUUCAUCUUUGGGAAAGCCUACAAGCUCUUCUCCGUCAAACGCAUCUUCCUCAUGUCCAACGCCAUCUCUAUCGUUGGAUCUGUGCUUUCAGGCGCUGCUGUUUCGUCAACAAUGCUUGUUGUUGGAAGAGCUGUCGCUGGACUGGGAUCUGCAGGUCUAUUCGCUGGCUCGUUCAUCAUCAUCGUUCAAGCGACGUCUCUUCGUCGACGACCUAUUUUCCUUGGGGUUUUGGGGGCUGCUGAGGGUCUUGCUACCAUCGCUGCGCCGUUGCUUGGUGGUGCGCUUCAAACACUUAGCUGGAGAUGGUGUUUCUACAUCAGCGCGCCCACUGGUGCUCUUACUCUUCUUCUUACCAUGCUCUGCUUGUCGGAUGAUCAGAAGUCUAGUGGAGUUACUGAGUUGUCGUUUAAAGAGAAGGCUGCUCAGCUUGACCUCAUUAGCAACAUGUUGCUGCUCCCGGCGUUCACGAGCCUUUUUCUUGCUCUCUCAUGGGCGGGUACUGUGUACCCAUGGAGCAGCGGCCAGGUUUUUGGACCUCUGGUUGCAUUCGCUGUUCUCCUUGCAGUGUUUGUCUGGAAUCAAAUCCGCCGAGGCGACGCCGCUGCACUCCCGCCCCGCAUCAUGAAGCAUCGCUGCGUAAUAGCCGGUUUUAUCUUCAUAUUCUGCGUCAACAGCACUGGCGUAGUGCUUGAGUACUAUUUGCCAGCCUACUAUCAGCUCGUUCGUGGAUACACGCCCGUCAAGAGCGGCUACAUGAUGUUGCCUAUCAUAAUCGCGGCAACAGCCGGCUCACUCAUCCACGGAGCGGGGACAAGCGCAUUCGGUUACUACACGCCUUUCAUGCUCUUCGCAUCCAUCAUCAUGCCAAUCGCUGCAGGGCUUAUCACUACGUUCAAGAUUGAUACCAGUUUCGAGAAGCUUAUUGCGUACUCGGCGCUCUCAGGUCUGGCCUAUGGCAUUGGGUUUAUCGGCCCUCAAACAGCUGUACAGACUGUCCUCCCAGCUGAAGAUGUCCGGCUUGGUCUAUCCAUCAUGUUGUUCGCUCAAUCUUUCGGCCCUGCUGUAUCUGUUCCGAUUGCCCAGGUGCUCUUCACAAACCGACUCUCUGAUAACCUUCAUGGUAUCGUACCGGGUCUGAAUGGGACGCAUAUCAGCAACAGUGGCCUUUCUGAGAUAGUGAACAAUGUGCCAGAAUCUGCGACAAGAGAGGUUCUAAUUGCCAUCGAUAAAAGUCUCGGGCAGACAUGGUAUCUUGUAACUGGGCUGGCUUCAGUCGCGAUAGUUGGAAGUCUGAUGACGGAAUGGAGGUCAGUCAAGGAGAAACGCGAAUAA